CUCACAGUAAAACGGUACUCGCAGCGGUCGCUGCAGCAUCAGCCUCAAUGAAUGACGUGGAUUUUCUCUGAAUUUCAACUUGUGAAUUUCAGGAGCUGAGCUGCAGAGGCUGCUUGUGGGGUUUAGUCGGCAUAUGUGCGCCACUCGAUAAGGGAGCAGUGUGUAUUCGCAGCAGUGGAAGACAGUCAACUGGCAGAAGACAGUUACUGUUACUGCGCUUAAAGCGUUCGUCGGAGUUCAGCAAUGAAUAAAGCCAAAACUGAAAAUCUUCGAGAGAAGGUGGAGGGGAAUGAGCUGGAUCUCAGUCUGAGCAACCUUACAGAGGUGCCAGUCAAGGAGCUCGCUGCGCUUCCUAAAGCAACAGUUUUGGACCUCUCCUGUAAUAAUCUCACAACUCUUCCCCCUGAAUUCUGUACCUUGACACACCUGGUGAAAGUUGACCUGAGCAAGAAUCAGCUAAUAAGCCUCCCAGAGGAAAUGGGUCGACUAAGCAGCCUACAGCAUCUGGAUCUCUACAACAACCGGCUGACCAUGCUCCCUCUCAGUUUCUCACAACUUCGGAGUCUCAGAUGGCUGGAUCUCAAAGACAACCCCUUGGAACAGUCGCUGGCCAAGGCCGCAGGAGACUGCCUGGAUGAGAAACAGUGCAAGCAGUGUGCGGCAAGGGUUCUCCAACAUGUGAAGGUUCUGCAAGAAGAAGCCGACAAAGAACGAGAGCGCCGGCUGUUGAGGGAGAAGGAACUAGAAAAGAAGAGAGAAGCUAAGCAAAGGGAGAAGGAAGCCAAGGAAAGAGAAGCACAAAAAAAGAAAAAGGCUGAAGAGAAGGAGAAGAAAAGGAAGGAGUACCAGGCACAGAUGGCUGCUCUGGCUGCACAAGAACAACAGAAGAAGAAGAAGGAGGAGAAGAAAAAGAAAGCCAGUCAAAAUCAAGAUAAAAAGAAGCCCUCAGUGAGUGUGCUUCCAGCCAAGCGAUCUUUAUGUUCUCGGCUCUUCUCUUGGAUCCUCCGGCUUCUGCUGCUACUCAUCGUAGGAGCUGCAGGAGUAAUUACAGUUUGUCAGGUGACCGAGUUGAGGAAGGAACCAUUCUGUAUGCCCAUCAAUCUGUAUGUACAUGAUACAGUGAGCUGGGCUCAAGGCCUGGAGGUAGUGCAGCAAGUCAUUCAGAAAAUCUCUGACCUCCAAGCAUGAGAGCCUGGUUUGUCAGACCAAGGCACCUGCCUCCAUUCAACAAGGGAAAUAUGAGGCCAAGGCAGGACCCUUCUCGUGGAUAUUCUACGGAAUUGUUGUUCCACUGUUUGUUUCUGUUUUAUAAAACUUGGCAUGAUUUGCCUGAAUGGGCCAAUGGGUUGAGUCCUACUCUAAUGAGUCAAAUUGCCAAAACAGAACAGGGAAAGUAGACUUCAGGUCUAAGUGGCUGUGUUGCUACUGAACAAUGAGAUUUGUAUAUCCUGCCUUGAAAUGUGACCUUUGGCGCCUUAUAUAAUAUCAUGCAUAAAAGUCUUAUAAUAAAGCAAAACCAGUCACUUAAUUUGAAGCAUGCCUAUAUAUUUAAAGUUGUGUAGGAAAAAGUUCUUUUGAAUUAAUCAUGACAUCAGCAAACUUUGACCAAGCCUGACCAGAUGGAAUUUAAAUGUACAGGCAGCAUGUAUGAAACAUGCCGUUUUCUGUUCCGUCUUACUAUGGACAACACAACGCACCAGCUUAAACUGCUCCAAAUUAAAUAUACCUUGCUGAAUCUCGAGUUAAUUAUGUUUUGUCUAAUGUGACAUUUGUGCUGUAAUCUAGAACCUCAGAGUGUCAGGAAGCCUGGUUAUCCAGGAAUCGUCUUCCACAAAAGGUUAUAACCAAAUGUAUGUAUUUGUAUACAUUUGUAAUUAUUAAAAAAAAAAAAAAAAAAAA